AUGUUCAAUUUGAAGCCUGGUACCAUUGCAUAUAUGGCGGCACAACCAACAGCUCAAGAUGUGCAAGCCUUUCUGGAUAUGACUGGACAGAUGAACAGACAAGAGGCUAUUCAAAGAUUGAAGGGAAACAACAACAAUGUUCAACAAGCGAUCAAUGAAUACUAUGAUGAUUUGGAGACGGGUAGAAAUCACAACCGAUACGCGUGGGAAGACAGUCAAUUCACUAGGAAUCCUUUCGAAGUCCAAGGUCCUGAUGAAUUAAAACCAUCCUUUUCUCACUUUGAAAGCGGUGCGCCGUCUAGACCGCCAUCAAGAAGUAGCAACGAUAAAUCACCUUUGAGCAAAGUUGUGGAUCUCACAACCGAUCAAGAUUCGAGCACGCCCUUCACCCAUUAUGUUGACAACAAUGACACAGAACUCCAACAGGCACUGGCAGCAUCCAUGGCAGACGCUGGUUUACCUCCCCAACAAUCUGGUGUAGUAGGAACAGAUAAGCCUUACUUUGGUCCUGCCACAAGAGUCGAGUAUGGAGAGGACUGGGCUAUGGUUCCUAUAUCGACUGUCAAGGAGAUCUAUGUCGACCCAGAACCGACCGAUCGCAUCCGAGACUCUGUAAAUCAAGUACCUGCCUUCCUCAAGCCCAGUGGGGAGGGACACAGGCUGGGUCCUCUUCUCACCAUCUUUUACAACAUUCCUCUUGCUCGUGAGAUAUUCCUUAGAAGAAAUAAUGUUGAGACGUACUAUCCAUACGAGGCUGGUUGGUGGAAUGGUAGACCAAUAGAGAAAGCUCUUGCGUCAUUCCAGGAGGAUCCCUACCUUGUAGCCCAUGAUCGACGAUUUGGACAGGAGGUCCAGAAAGUCAUGGCUUUCUUGGACAAGACAGAACGAAGCUAUGGUUCCGUGGACGUUAUUACCACACUCCCAUUCAUGCAACAGCAGCCAAGGGUUGAUGUUGAGGCCGAAUUCUUCAUGUGCUGGCAUAGGCUAAUGCAGGGUAAUGAUUCAUGCAAAUACCUAUUUUCUUCAGGUGUUCUCGGUUUAGAUCCAGAGCCAGGUGAAGAACGCACACAAUUUGUCAUCUUUGACAUGGAGCUUCCGAGAAAAGAUUCUCUUGUCCAGAAUCUCUAUGAAGUUCAAGAUGAGGCUCUAUGGGGCACUAUCCCUCUCGUUCUUACAAAAAGUCCUUUCUUAACUCAUAUUGGUGAUGCUAUUGUCUUCAGACUAAAAGGUGAUAAGCAGAAUGACCAUAAGGGAAUUGAAGUGCCAUUGGUAUGGUAUCCGGAUAGAUACAUGGAAUUCGCGAUCAAAGACUCUCUAAUUAUGCGUACGAGCAAGCAGAAUUUGGAGCUACAAAUUGCGGAUAUUUCUUGUAAUGAGAGACAGUUGACAUGGACCAUUCACAACGGGAAGUCUCUCCUAGUUGAAGAUGUUUUCAAAAUGUCGCUCAAUCAUGAUCAGAACGAGGUCCCGCCCAGCACAACGAAUAAGGAUAAACUGGCAGAUUUGUCUAAAAAGCUCAAAAAAGUAAUGGACGAUGUAAACGCUAAGUUGAAGAGUUUACAAGAUCGAAAAGAAAAAGCUAAACAAGCUUGGAGAGAGCUUUCGAAGUUGUAUACGGAUCCCGCCACGACCUCUCGGCGCUUGCACAGAUACACUCUUCGCGGCCCAGAUCUCAUUGAUAUGGGUCUCAGUGAAUACGAGCGUAUUCCUCCUAGCGAUGGCCAGUGGUGGAGGAUCAAUUAUAGUACCUCGUCUCCUCCCAAAAUUACUGUUGAAAAAACCACCUCUGAGAAAGUUAUUGAGGAUGUCAAAGUCGAGAAUGAGACAGCAAUUUUAGUUUAUGCUUCUGAUGAGGCAAUGGAGACGGCUGCGGGUGUAACACCUCUUCCACUCCAGGCUUUCAUUAGCGAUGAUAACAGGGCUUUUAGGGAGGAGUUACCCAGCCCUUCUGUCGACACACCUGAUGGGUCACAAUUUGCGCCAAGAUCACCAGGAAAGCGCAAGCGUGAGCAGCACUCAUCUUCCACAAGUUCUUUUGAAAAUGACCAAUGGAAUGGGGUUGAGGGGGAAAGCUCAGGUAAUGAAACUACCAUGACAGCGUCGGCGGCACUACAGAAUCGCCUUGCUCAAGUCGAUGAAGUUAUCAUGGGUGUCGAUCCGUUUCCCGAUGGCAAGACGCAAGAAAUGCAAGAACGUAGUGGCAGCGGCAUGCUACAGAAUUUUACUGGUAAUCCUGUCAAGAAAGGUGUGGCCAACGACAGCAUGGAGAUUGAGGAUCAUGAGAGCGAUGAUAUUGUGCGUGAGGAACGGAAUACAUUGUUUCUCAACAACCAAAAAGACAGUGGUGACACAGUCAAACGGGUUGGAUUCGUUGAGCAUAGAAGGAUGGCAUUUCAAAGUACCUAUGCUCAUGUUGUACAUAUUGAGAAGCACAAUGCUCCGGCAGCAUAUCUAAGUGAGAGGCAAUAG